AUGGAGGAGCCCGCGGUGGUGCAUGAGAAAGGGGGGCACGGUGGAGGUGACCAUGGGGGUAAGGAGCACGCUUCCCUGGCCUCGCUUCUCAAACACUCGUGUCUGCUCUGCUGGUCUUCCUCACCCAGGGACAAGGACGAGAACGCGCUGGAGAUGGACGAGAGGGUGGUCAGCAAGACAGCAGAGAUCAGAGAGCUGGAGACCGCGGUUGCCGUGGAGAACCUGGAGCUGAAAGAGCAGCAGUCAGACAGACAGGAGCUGGAGGAGACUCUGGAGAAGCUCGAAAAACAUAAAGAAAAACUCAUCCAACAGAUCAAGGCAACGAGACAACUCUGCUACGAGGAGAGCCAGCAGAUCCUAUCGCUGCAGGCGGAGGAGGCGGUAAAGGAGAGCCAGGUGGAGGAGUAUGAGAAGGAGCUGGCCCGAGCACGAUGGAGGCUCCGCAAGCUCCGCGAGGAGGUGAAGCAAGCCAAAAGAAAAGUCCAGGAGGCUGGGGAGAGAGACAUGCCCCUGCAAGACUCUAUACGCCAGUCCUACGAGGAGAUCCUGCAGGAGGAGAACACCCUGUGCUCCCUCUCUGGCUCUGCGGUCACUCCUCAGUCUCAGAUGGAGGGUUCUUCAUCUCCGGGUGACACCACAGAGGACGAGCCAAUCCCUGUGCGACCCUGGGGUCGGAGCCAGAGCCUGCCCGCCUACGCCGACCUCAUCAUGGGGGCAAAUGACCCAGCCUUCUGCCAUAACCUGGCUGACACCAGAGAGGAGGUGGACGACAGCGGCUCCAGCUCUCCAAAGAUGGACCGCUCGGACAUGGAGGACUCUCUGGAAGAGCCUGAGGUGGAGAAGCCCCAGAUACAGGGCACCGUGAGCGGGUUGGACUUCUACCAGGCCGACCCCUUUGCCCACUGUCAGGGAGGCCAUGACCUCUUCAAUGAAGACCUAUUUCCCAAAACAGACUCCUCUGAUGGUUUCACUUCAGACCCCUUCAAAGGCAGUGACCCGUUUGGUGCUGACGUAUUAUUUCCUGAGAGUUCUCAUCAUGUGGUCCUGGGGCAGGAGCCAGGUCUGGAUUCGGGUCCAGAUCCUGGUCUGGACCUGGGACCGGACCAUGGGGCGGAGGAGGCGGACCGAAGCCUGUCCUGUGCAGAGAACAAGGCCUCCACCGGGACCCAGUGUUUCGAGUCUGAAUUUCCCGAUGAAGACAGCGACAUCGAGAUCAGCUACAGCAGAGAGGACCUAGAGAUGGCAGGUCAGACCGAGGAGGACCAGGCCGGGUUCAGACCCAUCCAAAGCUCUUCCGAGGAGUUGGGUCCAGUCCCGAUCCGAGGCUGGAGGUCUCAGGGCCAGUACUCCGGAGAGUCCGACCCAAACGGAUACGAGCUGGAUCUGGGGAAUAUCUCUCCUCCGUCCGACAUCGAGGAGCUCAGCCUGGGCUCGGUGACUGGAGUCGGAGAGGACACACUGGGGACCACCACUACAGCCCCGGCACCGAUCACCUCCCAACCCCAAAGAACCAGUUCCGAGGUCGGGCUUAAGUCGGACCCCCACAGCCCCGUGACUCCAGCCAAGGACUCCCAAGAAUUCUUCCAGCAAUCGGAACUCAAAGAACUCAGCUUUGACAUGAACUACGAACCGUCCAGUCUACAGUCCUCCUAUGACCCCUACGGUUUUAAACUGUCCCCGGAGCACUCCAGCCACACCCUGCUGGACCCUGACGAAGCUCCCAGCCCCAGCACCUCCGAACCGGACUUAGCCUACGACCCCGAGCCGCUCGCGUCACCCCCGACCUUCGAUCCCUUUGCCUCCCACGCCUGCGACCCCUACGGUUUCAAACUCAGCCCCGAGGAGAUAAACCAGGAAGUCAUCGAUUUCACAGCAAGUCCAGCUAACGAGGAGAGUCACGUUAACUUUGAGAAUAAGGAGCAGGUAGAUUUGAAUUUUAGCAACCAGGAAGUAGUAGAACCAUCGGUGUUUGAAGAUGAGCUAUUGGUGGAUUACGAGAACCAGGAAGUGCUUGAACCAGUGAGCAUGAACAAUGUGAAAGAUGGAACAGAUACAGUAGAGGAGGUGAACCAAGAACUGCUGGUGGAUUUUGCACCAGAAAAUCAAGAGGUUUUGGAUGUCUUCUUCACCAACGAGCAAGUAGUCGAGUAUGAAAAUCAGGAAGUGCUAGAACCGUGCAGCCCUGCCUUACCUGAUCCGCGCUUUGAUGACACACUGAUGACAGCAAACCAGGAAGUGCCAGAUUUGGAGCAGAGCAACAACCAAGUACUAAUUGAUUUUAGCAGCGCGGAGAACCAGGAAGUAGUGAGCGGCGGCCAUGACAACCACAUGUUCCACAACCAGGAAGUGCCCGACAUGGAUCUGGGCGGGAACCAGGAAGUGCUGUGCAAAGAGCUCGGACAGUGA